AUGGCAGAUUUAAUAUAUAAAGACCAACUUAAGACAAGGAUAGUAUUAGUUGCCAUGGAAACCUGGGCAGCUGACAACAAGUUCGCCAUAUCUGAAAAUCCACUGAUCACCCUACGUGAGUUUAUGAAAUACAGAAGGGAUUUUAUCAAAGAGAAAAGUGAUGCAGUUCACCUCUUUUCGGGAAGUCAAUUUGAGAGUAGCCGGAGCGGGGCAGCUUAUAUUGGUGGGAUUUGCUCGUUGCUGAAAGGAGGAGGCGUGAAUGAAUUUGGGAAAACUGAUUUAAUGGCAGUUACACUUGCCCAGUCCUUAGCCCAUAACAUUGGUAUUAUCUCGGACAAAAGAAAGUUAGCAAGUGGUGAGUGUAAAUGUGAGGACACGUGGUCUGGAUGCAUUAUGGGAGAUACUGGCUAUUAUCUUCCUAAAAAGUUCACUCAGUGUAAUAUUGAAGAGUAUCAUGACUUCCUGAAUAGUGGAGGUGGUGCCUGCCUUUUCAACAAACCUUCUAAGCUCCUCGACCCUCCUGAAUGUGGCAAUGGCUUCAUUGAAACUGGAGAGGAGUGUGACUGUGGGACUCCAGCAGAAUGUGUCCUUGAAGGAGCAGAAUGUUGUAAGAAAUGCACCUUGACUCAAGACUCUCAAUGCAGUGACGGCCUUUGUUGUAAAAAGUGCAAGUUUCAGCCUAUGGGGACUGUGUGCCGAGAAGCAGUAAAUGAUUGUGAUAUUCGUGAAACGUGCUCAGGAAAUUCAAGCCAGUGUGCCCCUAACAUUCAUAAAAUGGAUGGAUACCCAUGUGAUGGUGUUGAGGGAAUUUGUUUUGGAGGAAGAUGUAAAACCAGGAAUAGACAAUGCAAAUACAUUUGGGGGCAAAAAGUGACAGCGUCAGACAAAUACUGCUAUGAGAAACUGAAUAUUGAAGGAACCGAGAAGGGUAACUGUGGCAAAGACAAAGACACCUGGAUACAAUGCAACAAACGGGAUGUGCUCUGUGGUUACCUUUUAUGUACCAAUAUUGGUACUAUCCCAAGGCUUGGAGAACUCGAUGGUGAAAUCACAUCUACUUUAGUUGUGCAGCAGGGAAGAACAUUAAACUGCAGUGGUGGGCAUGUUAAGCUUGAAGAAGAUGUAGAUCUUGGCUAUGUGGAAGAUGGUACACCUUGUGGUCCUAAAAUGAUGUGCUUAGAACACAGGUGUCUUCCUGUGGCUUCCUUCAACUUUAGUACUUGCUUAAGCAGUAAAGAAGGCACUAUUUGCUCAGGAAAUGGAGUAUGCAGUAACGAGCUGAAGUGUGUGUGUAACAGGCACUGGAUUGGUGCAGACUGCAACACUUACUUCCCGCACAAUGUUGAUGCAAAGACUGGUAUAACUCUCUCUGGCAAUGGUGUUGCUGGUACCAAUAUCAUAAUAGGCAUAAUAGCUGGCACCAUUUUAGUGCUGGCCCUCAUAUUAGGAAUAACUGCAUGGGGUUAUAAAAACUAUCGAGAACAGAGGUCAAAUGGACUCUCUCAUUCUUGGAGUGAAAGAAUUCCAGACACAAAGCAUAUUUCAGACAUCUGUGAAAAUGGGCGACCUCGAAGUAACUCUUGGCAAGGUAACCUGGGAGGCAACAGAAAGAAAAUCAGAGGCAAAAGAUUUAGACCUCGGUCUAAUUCAACUGAGACUUUAUCUCCUGCCAAGUCUCCUUCUUCAUCAACGGGAUCUAUUGCCUCCAGCAGAAAAUACCCUUAUCCAAUGCCUCCGCUUCCCGAUGAAGAGAAGAAAGUGAACCGACAAAGUGCCAGGCUAUGGGAGACAUCCAUUUAAGAUCAACUGUUUACAUGUGACACAUCGAAACUGUUUACUUCAACUUUUGUAGAAAUCCAGCCUCACGGAAUCACUGGAAAUCUGUCUGCUCUUCAGACAACAUGAAGACCCUUAGAUGCCACGGAGGAGAGGAAGCUGAUUAUCACAUCUGGAUAUCAUUUUCUUUUUGUCAUUUGCUUAGGAUUUAACCGAAUCAUGAAAAGAACCACUGAAAUGUUAUACUAUAACAUGGAACAGAUAAAGGGACUGGUAUGUUAGUGGAUAAUCCGCAUGACAGAUAUAUGUAGAACUGUCACUGUCUCACAUGACCCAAAUGUAGCAAGUUUCCUAAGGGACUGUAGUGUAUUCAGAACUUGACAUUCUGAAGCACAUUCUCACUGUAGACCGUAAUGCUAUGUGCAUGAAGCUUCUGUUUAUUGUUUUCUACAUUUAAGGAAACAACAUCCAGCAAUAGCAACUAGCAUGCAGGGCUAAGGCAUAUAGGAUUUUUCUGCAGGACUUUUAAGCUUUGAAAGGCCAAUACCCCAUAUCUAACUUUAAACAUGUAUUUUUACUUUUGUUUUUUUACUUUUCAUAUUUAUAUUGGCAUACGAGGACAAUUGUACAUACAUAAACAUUUUUAAAAUUAAAAAAACAAACAGCUGUUACACACAAGUGUAUUUUGCCAAAUGCCUAAAGACAAUUACAGAUUGCAUCAUCAUCAUCCAUCGAAUGUUCCUUAAAGAUUGUAAGCAGGUGAUGUUGUAAAUACAGGGGUCAAUGCUGUAAAUUUGUCUCUCCAUAAUUAGCAUUUGUCCAAAACAUGUGAUAUCCCUUUAAAUUGAGGCAGUUUUAUUGAGUGGUUCAUUGAGCAACAGAAGAAAAUGCCCAGCAAAUCUUGCAGCCUCCACAGCUUGCUGGAGCCAGGAGUCCAGUAGUGCAGCCGCUGUCCUGCCUUGAGACCCUGUGCUGCUGGUCCCUGGGGAUGAUUGCUCUAGCCUGUCCACUCUUCGUCUGGUGGCAUACAAUGCCUGCCUCAGCAGCCGUUAUCUUUCAGCACCAGAGCACAUCUGCUGUGAGCCCUGCAGCAGAAUGUCCUGCUGAGAUUAAACAAAUGCACCAAGUACACGUGAAGACUGCAGCUGCUGGUGAAUCAGUAGUUUCCAACUUGUCAAUACCCUAACCCUGUAUGGCCUGAAGUUUUAUUCCUUAAAAAAAACUUUAUAGCCACCCUUGUGUGUGAAAUGAAUGACUUGUUUAAAACAAACAGCUUUUACACUGUUUAUUAAAGAUAUUUGUCAUCAGUGGGAUUUAAGGAAUCCCAACAGGUCAUUAGAACUGACUUUGAAGCAAGAUGAUAGAAGGCUCUACAAUCUGGGCUGAAAGCCUCAACAGGCCAGAAAGGGCUAAAUGAAACCUAAAGCCACAGGUGUGCAGCAACUGUGAAGUUACACAAACAGCUGAGGGGGGAAAGAAUCUGAUGGUUUGAACCCUAUACCUUUUUAAUCUAUAGAAAAAUGAGAAAUCUAUGUUAAAAGUCACUCCUUUAAAACCAAAGUUUGGUAGCUAUUAUAAUACAGCCAUCUGGCUAAAAGGAGGCUAUCCUAGCACGGCUACCCUUGUGAACUUGGAAAUUGAUAGGAUCAAAGGUUCUGUAUGCGAACUUCUUCUGAAUUUCCUCCUUUUCUUUUUUUCUUAAGAUGAAUGGAAUCUGCAGGUAAGAUUUCGGAAAUACCCUCUAAAUUUGCUUUUUCCUGGUAAUGUCUGUGGACAGACUCCAUUUCAUCUCCAUGACUAAUCAUUUUAAAUGGCUGAAUUGAAGCCUCAGGUUAGAAAGCAAUGUUUCAUACUCUGUGUGUUUAUUUCUUCUGUAAUAGACCUCUCUUCUGACAGUCUUUGAAAAAGUAAGCAUCCAAAAAUAUGAUAUAUCAUUUUUUUAUGACAAGAAAGGAUGUGAUUGCUGGAAAUACAAUAAAAAUGCAAUCAGACUAAGGCUUGGGCAAACAUUGGGCAGUGUUGCCACAUGACUCAAGCAAAGGACAGGAGGGUAGACAGAUUUAAAGAUGUAGCAAAUAAAGUGGCUUUUGACCAUGAUCACUUUUUAAUGUGCGUUGAAUGUUUUCUGGUAUUGAGUGUAUAAAAAGCUAAUGUUAUAGGGUUUAUUUUGACUAUAAAAGAGUUUAUAGAUUUGAAUGUAAAAGCUACUUAUGCUUCAUAGUUAUAGUUACAUGAGCCCUACAUUGAAAGAAUCUGUAAGUGGCUAGCUAAGUAGUCAACAAAUCUUUUUUACUCUCCCUCUUCAAGGCUCUCUUUUUCCUCACCUUAAUUAUUUUUACAUGAAAAUUAUUUCACGUGAAAAUCAUUAUUAUGUGCCUUUUGGGAGGCUUGGUUGCUCCAGGGGUAUAUAAUUUAUAGUCAUCCUCCAAGUUUUUUUUUUUUUUUUUUUUAGUGCAGAUGAUGAUUUAAAAAAGUUUAGAAACUUUAAUGUUCUGGGUAUCCACUCUGUCCCCCAUGUUAAAUAUUCUUAGAGCCAUUUGCAGGUUUCUCUGAUAAGUUUAGAGUAUUAAUGGAUAUUCUCAAGAAAUACCUAUAUGUGUACUCAUGGUUGAUGCUCUAGAUGUAUUUAAGUAUCUAUGACUUUUCAUUCACCAAAGCAGGGAGAAUGGACCCAUGGCACUAAAUAAAAGCACAGCAUUAUUUGUUUUUAAAUAUCUAAUUUGGAGAGAAACUUUGAGGCCAAGUAGCAGUUUGUAUCAUGCUACUAAGAAACAUUUAUACGCCCGAUCCAUUAUAUAACUGUGAUAGGAAACAGAGAGUAGUUGUUUGACCUUUAUGUCCAUUGUAUGCCUUUUCCUCCUUCCUAAAUUUUUGUGCAUAGAUUGACAGCCCUGAUGCCUAAGAUGUUCCAGUUAUCUAUAGUCAUUAAUUAGCAUGCAGUAAAUCCUGACUUAAAGGAACAUUGCCAGUCCUUCCACUAAGAGCAUCAGCAGGUAGGUGUGGGGUGACAGGGAGGCCUCAAGGAACUGAUUGGAGGACUGACUGGUUUUUGCACAGAGACACUGUCUUUAGAGAGGAAGUAGCGUCCUCUGGAGUGUGCCAGCUGCAGUGACCCCCAGGUCUGGGAAGGAAUAAAUCAGUGCUUAUCACACAGUACAGCAUAGGGAGUGCUUUCAAUUUGCUGUAGUUGCUGUAUUUUUAAAGACACUCAGUGCUUCAAGGAAUGACCUAUCCUUAGAACUGCUGCUUUAAAAAAUGUUAAUAAAGCACAUGUAGGGUUAAAAUGCUAAAAUAUUCAGUUCGAAAUUGGUUUAUUGACAAUACCAUUUUUAAAAAAUUUUUUCCCUUGCUUGAAAAAAAGUGUUUAAAAUUGUGUUUGCGCUGUUGUCACUCCAGCACAGAGUUUCUGAAUGUAAGAUUGAAGAAGUUGCUGAAAAGAUAAAAUUAGAUAUUCUGUGCAGUUCCAGAGAAGGACUAUUUAUGCUUAACUUCAUAACAGGCUUAUAUAUCUCAUUCUUUUUUGAUGACUUCCUUGCAGACUUGCAUAAUUUAAGCACAUCCAUUGUCCCAGAUCUCUUGUGGCUAGUUUACCUUUUUUUAAAUUAUUUACUUUUACCUUUUGACCAGAGGAAAUAAUGGUAUUUCUAUUCACUUCUUUCAGUGCUUCAGUUUCAUUCAUUUUGCUCAUUCAUUUUCUAUUGUUAUAUAGUUCUAUUUUAACUUUAUAUGCUUAGUGUUUAAAAUAUUUCCUUGUGUUAUUCCACGAUAAUAAAUUCUUACCAAAAUAAAAGAGUAUUUUACUUUACAUAAACUUAAAGAGAAUGUAUUGGGAAGAUACUGGGUAGCUUGCAGAGUAUAUGGGCAGGGGAGAGCCAGGCCCCCAACUGACAGGAAUAAAGAGAGGCAAGACAACUGCAGUCACUGCCUGACACCUCAUAUAGGCAGCAUAUUUUAAAUAUCUCACCAUUUGAUAAGUUGGCAUGAAUUUCCCAUGAAAGGCUCGGACUCCCGUUUAUAGCGUAAUGUCAACUUUUAUGCUCUUAAUUACGUUUUUUUCUUCUACUCUUAUGCUUUCCCCUGAAAUUGUCACUCAGAUACUUUUUCAAGCAUGAAAUCAAGAUGAAUUUCUCAUUUUCACUCUACUAGAUACAUAAAAGGCAAACAUUUCUAUGGGGUAAGGCUUCAUUUGGGGCGCAAACUUUUAUUUUUCCCUGAGACAGUUUCUGAAUGGGUAAGACUACUCUGAUUUGGGAUGCACUAAGUUUCCUCCCGGUCUGGAAAGCAAAGGACUUUCAUAAAACAGCAUCCUCCAUUUUUUGCAUUGUGAAGCGCCCAGCCUGUUCCUGUGCCAUGUACGUGAGGUUGAAGAAACAGGGAGCCUUGGGAGGUGGUAGGGCAUUUAUCUUGGCAUAGGGGCAGAAUGGAGAUCCACAUGAAGAGCUCAGAAGCCAGGUAAGCAGGGAGAGCACAAGAUGGCCACUGGGGUGGCAGCGGGGAGAGGGGCUGGGUGUCUGAGACUCGUGCUUUGCAGUCUCAUCUAGUGUUUAACCCGUUGAAAACUCACUGCCAUUCAGUUGAUUCCGAUGCAUAGCGACCUUAUAGGACAGAGUAGAACGGCCCCAUAGGGUUUCCAAGGAGCGCCUGGUGGAUUCUAACUGCUGAGCUUUUGGUUAGCAGCCGUAGCUGUUGACCGCAAUGCCACCAGGGUUUCAGCCACCUCGUGUUAGCUUUUUACAAAAACUUCAUGGUCCAGUCCAUGGCAGGUGUGUCCCUGUUACUUUUUUUCCAAGAACCCAUAUCCCACUGGGAGGAGCCUUAAGGCUGGAAGGGUUUUAGUCAGGGGCUUCAUUUCAUCUUUCUAGGUACCCUUGAAGUCAAAACUAAGGCAAAACUGUGUGCGCCCAUGCGUACUCACACUUGCGUCUUUUUUUUUUUUUUUUUACAAAAAG